ACUGUCCCCAGGGUCAGCGAGUGACGCUGUCAGAAGACUCCUCUGCGCUACAGCUUGUAGCCUCGCCACCCCCACGGUGCGAGCGAGCGACGAUGCGAGCCGGUGACAGCGCCCGGAGCCUCCGCCCGGCCUCGGGGCAGCUGCACUGAGCCCGGCGCGCGGGGCCCAGUCCUCCGCUCUCCCCAGCGCUCCCCCGCGUUCGCAGUGUCCCCGCACCCGCCGCAGCUAGCGGCCGCCGCGCCUGGGCCAUGGGGCUGCCCACUCUGGAGUUCAGCGAUUCGUAUUUGGACAGCCCGGAUUUUAGGGAGCGAUUGCAGUGUCACGAGAUCGAGCUGGAGAGAACCAACAAGUUCAUCAAAGAGCUGCUGAAGGAUGGCUCUCUGCUCAUCGGGGCGCUGAGAAAUCUGUCCAUGGCUGUACAGAAGUUUUCCCAGUCUCUGCAAGACUUCCAGUUUGAGUGUAUUGGAGAUGCAGAAACUGAUGAUGAAAUUAGUAUUGCUCAGUCACUGAAAGAAUUCGCAAGGCUACUUAUUGCUGUAGAAGAAGAAAGGCGUAGACUGAUUCAAAAUGCUAAUGAUGUAUUAAUUGCACCCCUUGAGAAAUUUCGAAAAGAACAGAUCGGUGCAGCUAAAGAUGGAAAGAAGAAAUUUGACAAAGAGAGUGAAAAAUACUAUUCUAUUCUGGAUAAACAUCUGAACUUAUCAGCUAAGAAAAAGGAGUCUCAUUUGCAAGAGGCAGAUUCACAGAUUGGCCGAGAACAUCAGAACUUCUAUGAAGCUUCAUUAGAAUAUGUCUUUAAGAUCCAAGAAGUUCAAGAGAAGAAGAAGUUUGAGUUUGUGGAACCGCUUUUGUCCUUCCUUCAGGGUUUGUUUACAUUUUACCACGAGGGAUAUGAACUUGCCCAGGAAUUUGCACCGUACAAGCAACAGCUACAAUUCAACUUGCAGAAUACAAGGAAUAACUUUGAAAGCACUCGGCAAGAAGUGGAGAGACUGAUGCAGAGGAUGAAGUCUGCCAAUCAAGAUUAUAGACCUCCCAGCCAGUGGACCAUGGAGGGCUAUCUUUACGUCCAGGAGAAAAGACCACUGGGUUUCACAUGGACUAAACACUACUGUACUUACGACAAAGGAAGCAAAAUGUUCACAAUGAGCGUCUCCGAUGUGAAAGCCAGUGGGAAGAUGAACGGCCUUGUUACUGGUUCGCCUGAAAUGUUUAAAUUAAAGUCGUGUAUCCGACGGAAGACAGAUUCCAUUGACAAGCGCUUCUGCUUUGACAUAGAAGUGGUCGAAAGGCAUGGCAUCAUUACGCUACAGGCAUUCUCUGAAGCUAACCGGAAGCUCUGGCUGGAGGCCAUGGAUGGGAAAGAACCGAUUUACACGUUACCCGCCAUAAUUAGCAAGAAAGAAGAAAUGUACUUAAAUGAAGCAGGCUUCAACUUUGUGAGAAAAUGCAUUCAAGCUGUAGAAAUGAGAGGCAUCACCAUCUUGGGCCUGUACCGAAUAGGAGGAGUGAACUCCAAGGUCCAGAAACUCAUGAACACCACAUUUUCUCCCAAGUCCCCUCCUGAUAUGGACAUUGAUAUUGAGCUGUGGGACAAUAAGACUAUAACGAGUGGGCUGAAAAACUACCUCAGGUGCCUUGCAGAACCACUAAUGACUUACAAAUUGCACAAGGAUUUCAUCAUUGCUGUCAAGUCAGACGACCAAAACUACAGGGUGGAGGCAGUCCAUGCACUGGUACACAAAUUGCCGGAGAAAAACAGAGAGAUGCUGGACAUCUUGAUAAAACACCUUCUCAAAGUAUCACUACAUAGCCAACAAAAUCUUAUGACCAUCUCAAAUCUCGGUGUCAUAUUUGGUCCAACCCUGAUGAGAGCACAGGAGGAAACUGUGGCUGCCAUGAUGAACAUCAAAUUUCAGAACAUAGUGGUGGAAAUCCUAAUCGAGCACUAUGAGAAGAUUUUUCAUACUGCCCCAGACCCCAACAUUCCUCUUCCUCAGCCUCAGUCUCGAUCGGGAUCCCGAAGAACCCGGGCCAUCUGCCUGUCCACAGGUUCUCGGAAGCCCAGAGGGAGGUACACGCCGUGCCUGGCAGAGCCUGAUAGUGACUCCUACAGCAGCAGCCCAGACAGCACUCCCAUGGGCAGCAUAGAGUCGCUCUCCUCCCACUCCUCUGAACAAAACAGCACCACAAAAUCCACUGCCUGCCAGCCCAGGGAGAAGUCAGGAGGAAUUCCCUGGAUCACAACCCCAUCAUCUUCCAAUGGACAGAAAAGUCAGGGUCUCUGGACAACUAGUCCAGAAUCAAGUUCUCGAGAAGAUGCAACCAAAACAGAUGUGGAGUCAGAUUGCCAGAGUGUGGCCUCUAUCACAAUCCCGGGGAAUGUCUCUCCCCCCAUAGACCUAGUCAAAAAAGGGCCCUAUGGGCUCUCAGGACUGAAAAGAUCCUCUGCUUCUUCCUCUCUCAGAUCCAUCUCUGCAGCUGAAGGAAACAAGAGCUACAGUGGAUCCAUUCAAAGCUUAACUUCUAUAGGCUCCAAAGAGUCACCUAAAGCCAUACCAAACCCAGAGCUGCCUCCAAAAAUGUGCAGGAGGUUAAGGCUAGACACUGCCUCCAGCAAUGGCUACCAGCGACCUGGCUCAGUAGUGGCAGCAAAGGCUCAACUCUUUGAAAAUGCUGGGUCACCCAAGCCAGUUUCUUCUGGACGCCAAGCCCAAGCCAUGUACUCCUGCAAAGCCGAGCACAGCCAUGAGCUGUCCUUCCCCCAGGGGGCCAUUUUUUCCAAUGUACACCCGUCGGUGGAGCCAGGGUGGCUAAAGGCAACUUAUGAAGGCAGAACAGGACUAGUCCCUGAAAACUACGUUGUCUUCCUCUAAUAGUAUUAGUGGAUGGCAGUAUCUUCAUGGUAUCCAUGGUAACACAUAAUACGUGCUAUAAUUUUAUCUGACACAGAUAUGAGGGACCAGCCACUAAAAGAAACAUCUAUGUGUCUCAAGUUUUUCACCAGCAGACUUUGUAGCUCCCAUGACGGAAAGAGAAACAUAAAUAUUUGCAUCAUAGCCGUUCUUUUGGCUGUUUUCUUACUUUUAAAAUAUGCUUGUUUAUUUUUGAAUAAGAAGUGAUUUUCAACAGUCUGCUCUCUCUAGCAGUUGCAGAAUCUUAGAUCCUGAGCUCAAUUCUGCAUACCCAAAAUAUGGAAGUCAGAAAUCUGCUGUACCCAUGUUAAGAUCCGUUCCUUAUUGCCUGAUAGUCUCUGGGGAACCUUGAAAUCAUUACUUUAAAAAUGUAAUUUAAGUUGUUCGUUUAUUAUUUUUGUUCUUUUUAAAUAUACUGUUUUUAUGUGUGAUUAUUUUGCUGGUCCUAAACAUUUCAAGAAAAUCAGGCUUUGUUUUAUCAUAAUUAUAUUUUAUUUGUUUUCUAAAAUGAUAGUAUCUGAAGGCAAUAGUGUAUAUGACGUCUGUAAAGUAAGUGAGUGUAAGUCAAACACUGAUUCUACCAUAAGCAGUCCAUCCAGAAUAUUAGAUGGCUUCUCUGGCUUCUGAGCAAAAGUCAAAGAAUUAAGUCUAUAAAGCCUGUAAGUAAAUAAUUUGUUGCAGGCUAGAUUUGACUUGUGAAGCACAGAUGAAUAACCCUUCCUUUAGAAGUUAUGUAAACCUAUCUUGGGACUUUUAUAAAAUUUUCCAUUAAAACACACAUGUUAAUAAAUCACAUGUGCAUAUUUUUUGCUUCCUAUCAGUAUUGUGACAUUAUAGUGACCAUUGUGGGUGAACUGUAAGGAUGUGGUGUAGCAUGCAGCCUGCCCACUUGAAAUGCCUCCAAGUAUUUUAAUGAUGGGGAAGUUUGGGCCUCGGAUACUCUUGUAUAAAUGAUAAAAGCAUUGUUUGCAAAUCUAAAUUGGAAAAUUAUGUCUUCUAAACCCUUUUUAGUGGAAACAGGAAACAAAUACCAAAGUACUCGAUUCUUAGACCACAAAGUCUGCUUUUUAAAAAAGAUUUAUUUAUUUAUAUAAAUGUUUUGUCUGCAUGUGUGUAAGUGUACUACAUGUAUGCCUUUUACCCAUGAAAGUCAGAAAAGGGAGGUAGAUAGCCUUGAACUGGAGUUACAGAGGCUACUGAGUUACAAAUAGGACUUCAAAUUGGGUCCUCAUGAAGGGCAACAAGUGCUUCUAACCACUGAGUUAUCUCUCUAGCCCCAGACCACAGAGUUUAAAAGCAAACAAGCCAUCGUCAUUAACAGGAGUGAGAUUUGCAAGGUUUUCUUCUAUGGCAUCCAGCCAUAGCCUUUCCUAUGAAUUCCACUGAAUUGUAGACCUCAUACAGUAGAGAGGUACUUAGUCUCCAUUAUUAUGUUAUCAACAAAGGGUUCUAUAUGAGCCACUUCUUCUAUUAUAACAUAUUUCAGUAAUUUCAACAUACAAUUCUAUGAAUAUCUACAAUCACAAAAAAGCCUUUCUUCCCCAUAGCCUAAAAGGUUGUCUCACCAGAGCCUCUCCAUGUGGCCUUGUUAUCUAGCUGACGUCUUCAAUGUUUUCUCUCGUUCACUGACACUCAGGUGUCUAAAGAGCUUACAUGUUAUAGCCUAGCGUCUCAGUCCAUUCUUCACUACAUCAGAAUUUCUAGAGAAAAUAAGCAGAGUAUACAUACAACGUUGUGCAUCGAUGUAUCUAUGAUUUUAAAUGAAAUAAGAUAAUGGAUUAGAAUUAAUGUGUAGAGAGUAACAGUUGACAGACAGAUGCAUCCAGAAAUUACAGCAGUGAACUGAAUGCAUUGGCUGUCUCAUAAAGACAAUGACAUGAUAGGUAACUGAUAAAAGUUUGGCUCCUUCAUUUUCUUUCCUCCUUAUUCUAGUCCUUGUACACUACAGUGAGGUUUUGCUAAGCUCCUUGGUCAAGGUAAAGCCUGAUGUCUUUUAGUAUACUAACUAAUAACAUUCCUGUCUCUGGUAACCAUUUUCUGAGACAAAAGGUAGCUUUUAUAACGCACCAGUAGCCUGACUACAUGGCUUUCUGUUGAAGCCCUUCGCAUAGUGUUAGAUCAGAACCCCUGAAGAGAAGCUGGUUUGCUCUCAAAGACCAGCUUGACAGUAAAGAUUCAAUAUCUUCGUCCACUGCUGAUGCACAGAGAAAUCCCAACUUUUCCUUUUAUUUUAAUGUAGAUCCCAGCAUUCCUGACUCCCAGUUGUCUGUGAGCUAAACCAACAGAUGCUUACUGGGGACUUAGAGCUUAGUAGGACAUGGGUAUGAAAUCCAGCUCUGCUUUCUGAUCUAUUCUGUGUCAUUAUUUGUUGAAGUUCCUUCCCUGAAACAAGACAUAAACAUGCUGGUUCAUGUUGCACUUGUGCUUGCGAUUUAAUCUUUCAGAAUUUUUUUCUUCAUGUUAAUUAUAUAUGUAAGGAAACCAUGAUGAUAUAUGGGAGAGAGGCUAAGGGUACUUUCUUCCUGAAUUAAGUACCCUAAAGUUAAAGUAUGCAGGAGCACUACAGAAAUGAAGAUUUGUGCUCUGGAGUGCAUGGAAGGUGUGCUGGACAGGAGAGCAUUGAGGUGAUGGAAGAGUCACGUCUCAAACUGUGAUACUAUUGAUGACAUGAAGAACCUUACCUGUGAGACAGUGGGAUGAUGAACUGUCAUAUGUACACUCUGAAAGCUACAAUAUACACCCAAAUAAAUGCCUAUAGUUUGAUCAAUGUGAGGAUGUCUUGGGGGUUGAUGUAAUUCCCUUGGGUGUGCUCUGCAAGUAUCCUUGGGUUUGAAACACUGAUGCGUUUGGCAGGUGAUUUUUGGCUAUUCUGCCAUCCCACUUCAUUUGGUUCAUACAAGUUAGUCAUUCAACUGAACAAUUUUCCUAAUGUAUUGUGUGUCAGUAUCUGAAAAGUACAAUAAACUUUCAAUCUCUCCAGUGUCCAUGCAGUGUGAAGAAGCAUUAUCUCCUUGCUUGUGAUGUGAUGUGAUGUGAUGUGAUGUGAUGUGAUGUGAUGUGAUGUGAUGUGUUAUAGGCAGGACUGAAAUAUUCACCAAUAGCCCCAUUGCGGAAAGACUUUGUCAGAGAGAUGGUGGGUUAAAGCUAUAAAAGAUAUACUUUAUAUUUCUGUUAACCCCCAACUACUGAAACACCAAGUAGUGACAAUAAAAAUGCAUGAGACAUCCUCCAUUUUCUCUUUUGUAGUUACUCUUCCAUAUGGUGCCUGCCUUCAGAAUAUGAAUGAGGUCGAGAAUACAUGAAAUCUCUCUGUGCUUCUGUGAAGAUUCCUUGCUGCUAACUUCUCUCCCAACCUCACAUCCUUCUCUUCCACAGACGCUAAUUAAAAUAGUUGCUCAGACCUCAGCUCUGAACAGUAAUUGGUAGUGCAGCCGGAGCAUGCUUUAUCUAAAAAGGCCUUUCAGAUUGUGGAAUAUUGUGGAUAAAUAAGAUACCUUAUGUUCUAACAGAUACUCUAAAAUAUGCAAUGAUUACAGGGAUGAGACAGCUCAAAUCAAGAAAUUCCUUUCCAGUUCUUAUGUUUGCUAUAUGUAGCUUAAAAGACCAUUCAAGCAGUAUUUUUAAUAUGUACAGAGGCAAGUUUCACAGACUGGAAUUUUCCAGCUGUAGAAUCAUACAAGUGCUCAAAAUACUGUAGGUUUCAUGUUUGUGGAUGAGAUGCUUUCCUCCGUACCAGGUUUGUGCUAAGGGCGCAUUAGCAGCUAGAGAUUGACAUGAUUUAUUGUCCAGUUUAUCAAAUAAUACCAGAAGCACUCCACAUUAGGAACAGAAUUUGUCUUUUGAAUUCACAGCACAUUUCUGACUGAUAGCUCUUAUCAUGACCUCAUGUCACUGUGUGAGACUUUGUGAAUCAUCUCUUCGUAAAGACAAAAACAGAGGUUUGAGUCCCAUCCAGAAACUACUUCUAUCUUGAUUAUAGAUGUUCCCCUGAGAAUCAAAUUUCACUUCCUUUGUUAUUCUCUUGCUUUCCAAAAUCAAAACACUUUAAAAAAAUGAGAUUAGCAUUUCUGAACAGUCUGACUCUAGCCAGCCUCUGUCUUGUUAAUUCAGUUAAUAACAGGCAUUUAUCCACUUCCUGACCACAUUUGGCAUGUUCAUCCAUUGUUACCAUUAACUUCCUGCUUCAAUGGUAGUACCUUUGGAAAAACAGGCUUGUGAAUGACAUAGUGGAUCAAACACUUGAGUGGUACUUUAAAAAGAAUGUUAAUACAGUUGUAUCCAUCUUUUUAAGAAACCACAGUAGGAAUGUUGACAGCACUCACUAGAAAGCACUUGGCAGGAACGAGAUCAGUAUUUGUACAAUGUUUAUUGACUUCCCUAUGGAUGAGGGGCCUGGCAAGGUAUGAUGUCAUGCCUCUCUAUUUAUGACAGACAGACAUGCUUGUGGGCGGGCAUUUCUUAGGGUCAUAGGGAGAAAUCGAGUCUUUGUGCUUACUGAACAAGCCCAACAGGCAAGAAACAUUUUUCAUGAUUCAAGAUGUUCAUAAUGAGGUCUAUUUGAGGAAGUGAAGUGUGGGAAAGAGUUGUAGCUGAGGGUCCCAGGACAUCUCAGUGAGAUGGUGGUGUUCUUGCCAUUGGCCAUCUCACACUGGUGCCUCCCAUAGUCUGUGCUCUUCCAUGGUUGAUAUGGAAGCUAUGGCUGAAUCACUUACCUCUGAUGAAGACUGCACUGCUCUGUGCCACAAAAUGAUAGAAGUUUUAUGUGUUCUCGUAUGUCCUCUGCCACCUACUUUUGAGAAAAAUGGUAUGUACUUUUCUGGAUCUGGGAGCAUGGCAUGUUCAUACUCCAUGCUUAAAACCCACAGUACCACACACGCCAUUAUUAAUAGGGAGUUUAACAUGAAAGAUAAUUGUGUUUUCAUUUGUAAUCCAUUUAUGCCGUGUUCAAAUUUGAGGUGCUAUUGUUUAUGUAAACCAGGAGCUUCUUUGCAGCCAUUAACAUGAAGAAUUAAGUAAUAAAUACGCUGAAUAUUAUAGUCAGCAAACUAUAA